AUGGGUCAUCCACGGCUACUGCUGCUGCUGGCUCUCACCUGCAUCCCAGUUUCCUGGGGCCUUCAAUGCCUGCUGUGUGAGAGGAAUGGGCCUUGUCAAAUGGACACGGGCCAGGACCUUUGUAGGACCACCGUCCUGAGAGUGUGGGAAGAGGGCGAAGAGCAGGUGGUGGUGGAGAAAGGAUGUGCCCACCGGGAGAAGACCACCAGAAGCAUGAGCUACCGAACCGGUCCACAGAUCAUCACCCUGUCAGAGACUGUGUGCGAUUCAGACUUGUGCAACCAACCCGACCCCAGGCCGCCUUCUACCUUCCCCCGAAGCCGUUAUCUCGAAUGUGCCUCCUGUGCCUCAUCAGACAUGAGCUGUGAGAGGGGCCGGGACCAGAGCCUGCAAUGCCGAAACCCAGAAGAACAGUGCCUAGAGGUGGUGACUCACCGGUACCUGGAAGGUGAGCCCCAACUGCCAAAUUCAGGGGAGGAGCCUCACAUCCGAGGCUGUGGUUACCUCCCGGGCUGCCCAGGCCCGGCUGGUUUCCACAACAACUAUACCUUCCACUUCCUGCGCUGCUGCAACACCACCAAAUGCAAUGGGGGCCCAGUUACAGAACUUCAGAACUUGCCACUGAAUGACUUCCAGUGUUAUAGCUGUGAGGGAAACAGCACCCACGGAUGUUCCUCAGAAGAAACUACCCUCAUCACCUGCCGAGGCCCCAUGACGCAGUGUCUGGAAGCCACAGGCUCCAAUGAGCUGGGGGCCCCAAGCUACACAGUAAGAGGCUGUGCCACCCACUCCUGGUGCCAAGGUCUCCAUAUGGCGGAAUCCUUCAGAAUGACCCAUCUCAAUGUCUCAUGCUGUUCGGGAAACGGCUGUAACCACCCAGCCCGCGACACCCAGCCCCGCAAGGGGAGAGCCUCCCAGCCUGGCCCAACCCACCUCAGCCUCACCAUUACCCUGCUUAUGAGCGCAAGACUGUGGGGAGGCACUCUUCUGUGGACUUGA